AUGGAUAAGGAAUGGAUCCAUCUUCCUUCAAGGCUUGUACCCGAGUAUGAAGAAGGGGUUCAAAAAUUUCUUACACAAGCUAGGAACUAUGCCAAAACACGUGAAGUAAUCUUAUGUCCUUGCAAACAUUGCAAAAAUAAGAAGUAUAUGAAAUUUGACCAAGUGUAUGAUCACUUAAUUAUUAACGGGUUCAAUCCUUCUUACACAAUUUGGGUCUUCCAUGGUGAAACUUAUACUCCAAAUUUUCAAGGUCAAAGUAGUUCAAGAGGAAUUCAGGAAGAGGAGGAUGAAACUAGAGAGGCAUAUAACUUAUAUAAAGAUGUCUUUGCCUCUGAUGAAAGGGUUGACCACACUAUGUCUGAGGCAAGAGAUUAUGAAUUUGCUGAUUUAUUAGUAGAUGCAGAAACUCCUCUUUUCCCUAGUUGUACAACUUACACGAAGUUGUCAGCAAUCGUUACAUUAUACAAUUAUAAGUCUACAAAUGGUCAUACAGACAAUAGUUUCAAUGAGCUCCUUAAGAUCUUAGGUGACAUGCUUCCAGAAAAAAACACACUUCCAAAGGAUGUUUACUCAAUGAGAAAGUUGUUAAAACCAUUUGAUUUAGGAUAUGAGAAGAUUCAUGCAUGCCCAAAUGACUGUUGUCUAUUUAGAAAUGAGCUUAAAGAUUUGGACUCAUGUCCAAAGUGUGGUUCUUCAAGAUGGAAGGUAGACAAAGUCACCACCAAAGUUUGUAAAGGAGUUCCUGAAAAGGUGCUACGGUAUUUUCCUGUGAUACCAAGAUUGAAAAGGAUGUUUAAAUUAGAACAAAAGGCCGAAGACUUGAUUUGGCAUUCCAACCAUAAAAGUCAUGAUCAUAUGAUGCGUCAUCCAGUUGAUUCAAUAGCUUGGGAUACGAUAAAUCAUAAGUGGCCAGCUUUUGCAUCAGAUCCUAGAAAUCUCCGGCUUGGUCUUGCAACAGAUGGAUUCAACCCUUUUGGUGAUCUUAGUUCUAGAUAUAGUUGUUGGCCAGUUAUUUUGGUAAAUUACAACCUUCCUCCGUUGAUGUGCAUGGUGAAGGAAAAUCUUAUGUUGACAUUAUUGAUUCCAGGCCCGAAGCAACCAGGAAAUGAUAUAGAUGUAUACUUGGAACCCCUAGUGGAGGAUUUGAAGGAGUUAUGGGACAUUGGUGUGGAGACGUAUGAUGCAUUUAGCAAGUCAGUGUUCAAUAUGAAGGCUAUUUUGAUGUGGACAAUCAAUGAUUUUCCAUCUUAUGGAAACUUAGCUGGAUGUGCCACAAAAGGGAAAUUUGGUUGCCCAAUAUGUGGUGAAGGCAUAUCUUCUAUGUGGCUUAAGUAUAGUAGAAAGUUUGCAUAUUUAGGGCAUAGGAGAUUUCUUGCUCCUAAUCAUCCAUUCCGUCAGAAGAAGAAGUGGUUUGAUGGGAAUAAAGAGACAAAAGGAAAACCUAGGCCUCUGAAUGGAUUAGAAAUUCUUAAUGUAUUGAAAGACAUUGAAAAUGACGGGGUAAAAAAAAAUUGGGUAAAGAUAUCAAUAAUACAAAGAAAAAGAGGAAGGAGCGUGAUGGUUCAAAAAAAGUUCAAAAACCAGUUCAAAUGUGGAAGAAGAAGUCAAUAUUUUUCAAUUUGCCAUACUGGAGUGUUGAAGAAAAUAAAGUUGCCUGAUGGUUAUAGCUCAAAUAUUGGUAACUGUGUUUCUUUAGAAGAACGAAAGCUUAUUGGGUUGAAAUCUCAUGAUUGUCAUGUUCUUAUGCAACAAUUGCUUUCAGUAGCAUUGAGAAGUCUUUUACCAAAAGGUCCACGUAAUGCUAUAUUUUUGCUUUGUGCAUUUUACAAUGAGUUAUGUCAAAGAGUGUUAGAUAGGAACCGUCUAGAACAACUCGAAGAGAAUAUUGCUGAAACUUUAUGCAUGUUGGAGAGGUACUUUCCACCAGCUUUCUUUACCAUCUCUGUUCAUUUGACAAUUCAUUUAGCAAGAGAGGCUCGCCUGUGUGGGCCAGUUCAAUUCCGCUGGAUGUAUCCAUUUGAAAGAUUUAUGAAAAUGCUUAAAGGCUAUGUGAAGAACCGAGCAAGGCCAGAGGGUUGCAUAGCUGAGUGUUACCUUGCAGAAGAACGAAUGCGAUUUUGUAGUGCUUAUAUAAAAAAAGCUGCUUGUAUUGGUCUCCGAUCUAAUCGGAAUGACGAUUUGGAAAAUGGAGUAGUGGAAGGUCGCCCCAUUUCUCAAGGAAAAGAAAUUAUUUUAGAAGAACAUUUGUUACAAGCAGCACAUCGAUAUGUGUUGUUCAAUACUGCAGAAAUUGAUCCUUACAUACAGAUGCACAUUGAGGAGCUUAAACAAACAGAUCGUCGUUUCUCAAGUAAUGAAACACUGUUACAAAAACGGCAUAUGGAAACAUUUGCUCAAUGGUUAUCAAAACAUGUUCUUGAUAACUCUUCAGAUCGGAUUCAAUGGCUAGCACAUGGUCCAAGAAAGCAUGUUAUAUCGUAUACAGGUUAUAUUAUAAAUGGACAUCGGUUCCACACAAUUGAUGUUGGAAGGUCGACACAAGAUAGUGGUGUUUCAGUUGAAGCUGAUACUAUUUGGCAAUCUAGUUCUACUGAUUCACAUACAGUAGGAAGACUAUCGUACUAUGGGGUUAUACGAGAUAUUGUGUUACUAGACUAUUAUUUUUUCAAAGUACCUGUUUUUAGGUGUGAUUGGGCUAAUCCUGGAACUGGUAUCAAAAUGGAUGAUGGUUUUACACUUGUCAACUUACACCAAGGACUAAGGACUUUUGAAAAUGAUCCUUUCAUUUUAGCCUCACAAGCAAAGCAAGUUUUCUAUUCUUGGGAAAAUGAUGAAUCAAAUUGGUAUGUGUUGCUAAAAGCGCCACCUCGAGGUAUUCAUAACAUGGAUUUGCUUGAAGAGGAUGCAUAUACAUCAUCAAAACCUCUUGAUGUGUCCAGACUUGAGAUUAACAUUACUGAGAAAGAACCAUAUUCCAGAAAUGAGUGUGAGGGAAUUGAUGUUAUUGAUAUCCCAUGA